AGCCUAUGACAAGCAGUCCUAUUAGACAUCGAACUCUCUCUGAACAUGGACCCUGUCCUGCAUAGCUUUGCCACUAUUGUCAUAGUUGCAGAGUUCAUUUUUGGGAAUCUGAGCAAUGGAUUUAUAGUGCUGUCAAGCUUCUUGGGCUGCAUCACUAAACAAAAGCUUUCCUCAAUGGAUAAAAUACUUCUUACACUGGCGAUCUCAAGAAUUACUCUUAUCUGGGAAAUAUAUAUUUGGUUUAAUACUCUAUGUGAUCCAUCUUUAUCUGUGAUUGGAAUAGAAAUACAAAUUCUUUAUUUUAGUUGGAUGCUUUCUAGCCACUUCAGUCUCUGGCUCGCCACGGCCCUCAGCAUCUUUUAUUUAUUCAGGAUAGCUAACUUUUCCAGGCAGAUCUUUCUCUACUUGAAAUGGAGACUUAAGAAACUGAUUGUGGGGGUACUGCUGGGAAGCUUCCCCUUCUUGCUUGCAAAUCUGAUGCAAACAAGCAUCACUCUUGAAGAGAGGAUCCAUCAAUAUGGAGGAAACACAACUGUGAGUUUAAAGGGUAUGCGAUUUGCUGUGUUUUCAGAGCUGACUUUAUUCAACAUGACUUUGUUCUCUGUGACACCAUUUUCAUUGGCUUUGAUGUCCUUUCUCCUGCUAUUAUUCUCUUUGUGGACACAUCUGCAGAAGAUGCAGCUCAAUUUCAGAGGACACAGAGACCCCAGUUCCAAGGCACACACAAAUGCCAUGAAAAUUAUGGUCUCCUUCCUCCUUCUCUAUGCCACUUACUUUCUGUCCCUUCUGAUAGCAUGGAUUGCUGAGAAGCAUCAUAAUGAACCUGUUCACAUUAUUUGUAUGAUAACUGGACUCAUGUAUCCUUCAGCUCACUCAUUAAUUCUGAUUCUAGGAAACUCCAAAUUAAAGCAGACUUCUCUUUUGAUGCUGAAGACUCUGGGAUGCAGACUGAAAGGACAGACUAUCCCAACUACAGGAGGCAGCCAGGCGACAUACUGUCAUGUGUUCUAG